CACAUACGCAACCUUCCCCUGUAUCGAACUCGCACACAAUUCCCACCCCCUCGCGGUCGCAUCAAACUAGUCGCUUCCACCGUGUCGUUCCCCUAAACCGAUCCCCCUUCUCUGCUCUCUUCUCUCCCUCCGCUGUCCCUCCCCCAAAUCCUUCCCCCGAUCCGAGCCAGAUUUAUACCUGCUCGCCUUCAAUCCAAGCCUUCCCGGUUUCUUCUGGGAUUCCGUUCGAUCGGUCAAUCGCCUUCCUCUUUCAGGAAAUAUCGAUCGACUAACGUUUCUUUACGGAUUUUUCUGUUAAAUCUUGUCGAUUUGAAGGGUUUUAUACUUGAUCGGGGCUGCGGUUCGUCGCAAUAGAUUUUCUGGUAGUCGAUUUCUGUUGCGAGGCUCGGAUUUUGGGGGGGCAGGACGUUUUUGGUCUUUGGUUGGUCGAUUUGAGCGUGCUUUUAGGGUUGUCGUCUGGAUCUUGUGGGUGGAAGAGGUUGGUCAAUAUGGAUCAGAGCCGGAGAGCUGUGGAGUCCUAUUGGAGAUCUCGCAUGGUUGAUGGAGUGACCUCGGAUGAAGAUAAGGUUGCUCCAGUGUACAAGUUGGAGGAGGUCUGCGAGCUUCUGCGAACGUCCCCGGCCAGCAUCGUGAAGGAGGUAUCGGAUUAUAUUCUCAAACGGCUGGAUCACAAGAGCCCAAUUGUUAAGCAGAAGGCUCUUCGGCUGAUCAAGUAUGCAGUGGCAAAAUCUGGAAAUGAGUUCAGGAGGGAAAUGCAAAGGCACUCGGUCGCAAUGCGUCAGCUGUUCCAUUAUAAAGGUCAGUUAGAUCCCCUGAAAGGAGACGCCCUUAAUAAGGCUGUUCGUGAGACUGCUCAUGAGGCAGUUGCGGCUGUCUUUGCUUCCGAUGACAACAAGACAGUGGCACCCACACAAGGCCUUGAUAAGCGCAUCCAAGGCUUUGGGAAUACAAACUUUGAGUUUCAAGCCGAAGAGAAAAGGUCGUUUCUUAGUGAAGUGGUUGGUCUUGGUAGUGCCUCCAUCAGGCAGGGACUUAGCACCAUUGCUGCUGCUCAUUCUUCGAGGAAAAAUGACACUGGCAGUUAUAAGAGCCCAAACCUACGUAGGUCUUUAACAACAGAAAUAGACAGUCCUAAUGGAUAUCAAGGAAUCGAACACCACGGAGAAAGUUGGGAAGGUUCUGGUAUCUCAAAAAGAAACUCUGGAACAUGGGGCCCUGAUUCGAGACUGAGCAUAUCCACUUCUGUGGCAAAUGAGGACACGAGUUCAACUAACACAGGAGCAAAGAGUCGUGAGGAACGGCUUUUGGAGACAAUUGUCACAUCUGGAGGUGUACGUCUGCAACCAACUCGUGAUGCUUUGCAGGCUUUUCUUGCAGCGGCUGCCAAAUUAGAUGGAGUGGCCAUGAGUCAUGCCUUAGAAAUGAAGCUCCAAUCACAUUUGUGGCAAGUAAGGAUGAAGACUAUUUGUGUCCUGGAAUCAAUUUUAAAAACAAAAGAUGAUGAACACUUCUUUAGCAUAGUGUCUUAUUUUACCGAGAACAAGGAUUCUGUCGUCAGAUGUACAGAGCUACCACAAGCUUCUUUGAGGGAGAAAGCAAUCAAGGUAUUAAGUCUUCUUGGUGGUGAGCAAACUUCUGGAGCAAGAGAGGAGACAUCGGAUGGAAAAGCUACUUCUGCCCCCCCUGUUGUUCAAAUGCCUGACUUAAUUGAUACUGGUGACUUUGAUGAUUAUGGGAGUCAAGAUUCCAUGGAGACGCAGGGCAAGCAAAGCACAGCAGAGUUGAAGCCAUCAAACUCUUUGGUAGACGAUCUGUUUGCCAGUGAUCCUCUUGCUGAUAUAAACAGUUCUGGCAAUAAAAAUCAAGAUGAUCCAUUUGCAGAUGUGUCUUUCCAUGUGACUGAGGACAAGGAGGGGAAUGACCUUUUCUCCGGAUUGACAGUUGAUGAUAAGAAGUCGGAUAUUGUUUUAGAUGUUCCUGAAAUUAAGAAGCCUGACUUGCUUGAUGUUUUUGGUGCAUAUUCUGUUCAGCACCAAGAGGAAGCAGGAAAGGAUAGAGGCAACAUGCAUGAUUUGAUGACUGGGUUGUCUCUCAAUGGAAUCCAAGAAAAUGAACCACCUGGAUCAGUGGGAGCAUCUGCUGCUUUCUCUGGACUUGGAAUGUUGGCCAGUAGCACUCAACCAAGCCAGGUACCUGCAAAUGGAUCUAUGAAGAGUAAUCAGGAUUUGAACUCUGUCUAUUCCCAGGCUCCUAUGCAGUAUGGCAUGCCUCCAAAUAUUAUGUUCAAUCAAGGUUUUGUUGCUCAGCCAAUGAACUACGAGGCGAUGAGUGCAUUCAUUGCCCAACAGCAGUUUUUAUUGCAAAACAUUGGAAAUCUCAACACUGGAUUUGGACAAACAGCUGGGAAUGCUAUGGAGGGAAGUUAUGCUGCACCACUUCCUGAUAUUUUUCAACUUUCAAAUAAUCCAGUAAAAAGCCAUGCUUCAACUACGAAAAGCCCAAAGGAGGAGACUAAAGCUUUUGAUUUCAUAACGGAUCACCUUGCUGCAGCUCGAGGAGGUUCAAAAAGGAUUACAUGAUGAUGCUGUUAUUAACCUGUGGAAAACUGGAGAUCCUUCCGCUCCAAACAGAUCACCGCUGGUUUGGUCAAUAUUUCUCAAUGCCUCAAGCGACAUGAGCUUCAUCCAUUUGUUAGUUUCACGUUGUAUCUGCAGUACAGCUAGAAACAUGCUUGGUUAUAGAAAGGGUUUUUGUAUUCUCCUUGUGUAUGAGUUGAUAUUCACUUUCAAAUGUUUAUUCUCUCCCGUCGGUCAAUAAGUUGUGGUCGAAGAAGCUUAAUCUCUUCCAUUGGCCUUCGAUAUAUUAACUACUGAGAUGAACUAAAAUGAACUAAAAUGUUUACUUUC